AUGGUGCGCUCGCUGCCAAAGAAGAACAACCCGCUCGUCAUUCCCGACGCGGCACCUGCCUAUGAAGAACUGCUCACGCGCCGCCGAUUGGGAAAGACCAAUCUUGCCGUGAAGCCAACCCAGAUUGGCACCUCAAAUGCGACUAAGCCGGAAAAUCUUGGACCAUUUGAGUAUGCUCAUUUGCGCGCACCUCUCCCUAGGGAUUUGAAGGGGUCUGAGAUUUUCCCGUCACACUCUCCCCAACAACAUCCAGAGACAUAUUUCCUAAUGCGACGGAGCAAAGAUGGUUUUGUGAGUGCAACUGGGAUGUUUAAAAUUGCCUUCCCUUGGGCCAAGCUGGAAGAGGAGCGAUCGGAACGCGAAUACCUCAAGGCGCGGGAAGAAACUAGUGAAGACGAAAUCGCCGGAAAUGUUUGGAUUUCCCCAGUACUAGCCCUCGAGCUGGCGGCGGAAUAUCAAAUGUACGAUUGGGUCCGCGCCCUACUUGAUCCCACGGAUAUUGUCCAGAGCCCAUCUAGCGCAAAGAAGCAGAUUACACCUCCGCCCAAAUUCGAUCUGCCACCAAUCCAAGCUCCAGAGGCGCUCGUCCCUUCAUCUCGUUCGAGAAGUCGUCGAUCCGCGUCCCCUAGCAAGAAGGCCGGCACGCCGCGCAAGACCAGGCAGACUAAAGCGCAGAAAGAAGCCGCCACAGCCGCCACUAACGAGGCCAAUGCGACGCUUCAGAGUGCUCUGGAUGACACAGUUUCAAAUGCGGAUGGUGAAGUAAAUGGAGACGUUUUGCCUAGUGUGGAAGAAAUUAGGGAAGAGGUGGAGGUUUCGCCUCUGAAGGGAAAGAAGACGACGGCGAAGACGAAGAGAAAUGCUGCUCCAGAGGACGAGGAAGAUAAGGUCAAGAUUGAUAUCAAGUCCGAUGCUACUGAAGGAACUGGUGUUCAAACGGCUCAGACCACCAUCUCUGUCGAAAUGCCUAUUUCCCUGCCAGAGGCUCCUUCCGCUGAAGAGACCCAAGAGAUGAUUGCAAAGGCCAAGGAAAUGGUCAAGGACGCCGUUAAGCUCCAAGAGGAACCCGCGCAGUCAUCGGCAGCCGCCAAGAAGCGUGGUGCCGACGAGGCAGAGCUUAGUGAGGAGGAAGAUGAGGAGACCAAGAAAUUACGGACGAAGCGUGCGAAGGUUCUUGAGGAGAAGCUAAAACGCGAGCGAGUCCGUAACCGUGCUUUGGUCGGUGUCUCCGCGGCGUUUGCCUUGGCUGCGUCAAUUCCCUAUUUCUUCUAG